AUGGCUUUCUCCUUGGGAAUGUCCUUUCACGAGGGCGAGACGAAAAUGCACGAGCUGCUUCAUGUGCCUCACCUGGAUAACCCUACGUCAACGAUGCUCACGCCUCAAGCGGCAUUCCGAUUGCAGCAAGCGCCACUACUUGCCAUCGGCACACUAGAUUCGCAGGAUCGACCAUGGACCUCACUAUGGGGCGGGAAACAUGGCUUUUCGGAGAUGUUGGGAGGUGGGAUGAUUGGAACUCGGACACUAGUCGACGCAGCGCAUGAUCCUGUCGUGCAGGCUUUACUAGGUCACGCAGAGAAGGGGAGGAUGGUUUCGGGCAAAGAGAAGAUGCUAGCUGGGCUCACCAUCAGCCUCAUGGAGAGGAAAAGAGUGAAGAUCUUUGGCCGCAUGAUAGCGGGAUGCGUUGAUGAAGUGAAGGUGGAAGUAGACGACGACCGCGAAAGGCCCGCUGGGAUGCCCGAAAAGCAAAACCAAGUCCAGCUGAUCACCAAGGUUGAGCAGAGUCUGGGGAACUGCCCUAAAUAUCUAAACCAAUACGACAUCCAACCUGCGAUGGUUACGUCGACCCUGAUCUCGCAAUCUGAGAGUCUCUCGGAAGAAGCCAAGGCUCUGAUUCUAAAGGCGGACAUGUUCUUCCUCACCACUAGUGUGCCUGAAGACAUGGACACGAACCAUAGAGGAGGGCCUGCGGGAUUCGUACGCGUCCUCUCCGAUACCGAGAUUGUGUAUCCAGAGUAUUCUGGAAAUCGAUUAUAUCAAUCGCUUGGCAACUUACUUGUCAACCCAAAAAUUGGCAUAACUUUUCCAGACUACAAAACUGGUGAUAUAGUUUACAUAACUGGGACGACGGAUGUUCUAGCCGGUGAUGACGCAACAGCGAUACUACCUGGAAGCAAUCUGGCUGUGAAAAUUAAGAUUGGGGAAGCGCGCGUUGUCAAGCAGGGGCUCCCAUUGCGCGGGAUGCGAAAGACCCCAUCGCCUUACAACCCGCUUGUGAGAACGCUGGCUUCUGAAGGGAAUUUGAAGGCUUCCGUGUUAGCUGCACGAAAAACCGCCCGCCUGAUCGGCAAGACUCCACUUGGUCCGACAGUUGCGCGUUUCACAUUCUCCGUCCCGGAAGCCGUGCAGUAUUCGCCCGGACAAUGGGUGGCCUUUGACUUCUCCCAUGAUCUCGAUAUCGGCUACUCGCACAUGCGCGAUGAUGACCCACGGAGUCUGAACGAUGACUUCGUGCGAACCUUCACCAUUUCAUCGACCCCGUCGGGAAAUGGUCCACAGAAAGAGUUCGACAUAACGAUCAGAAAUGUCGGCGUCGUUACGAGCUUUUUAUUCCGACAGAACGAUCGUGCCGGCUUUGAGGUGCCCAUCGUGGGCAUCGGCGGAGAAUUCGUGAUCGAGCAAGAAUCGGAUGAGAACAAGCUUACACCGUUCAUCGCGGGCGGUGUCGGUAUCACGCCGCUGCUUGGCCAACUUGGACAUUUGAAACUUCAACCGACCCAAUUGAAGCUUUUGUGGACCACCCGACUUGCAGACAUUGAUCUUAUCCUGAACGUGUUGGAGAGAUACCCAGACCUUGCGCGAUGCACUGAAGUGUUUCUUACUGGCAACACUGAGAUAGCUGAUUCCGAAGCUAAGGUUCAACAACUCAAGAGCAUGGGCGCAAAAGUCAGCAGGAGAAGGCUCGAAAAAGCGGACCUCGAUAUCGACGAAGCGGGCUCUUACUACUUAUGCGCGGGCGGUCCAUUGAGAAAAGACCUUUUGAGCUGGUUGGAAGGGAAGGUCGUGAUCUUCGAGAAUUUUGACUACUAA